AUGAGAUACAGUGACCAUCUGAGGCUGCCCGGUAAAGACAGCCGGGCAGCUGUCAAUCAUUCGGACUUGACCCGCCUCCACACCUACCCCUCGGCUCUAUCCAGCCGGACUCUCCCGCCCAAGGCCACGCCCACCCACAUCCCCGUCAUCAUGCCGCAGCUAGUGCCGGGGUGCCCGGGCCAAAUCGUCAUCCGGCGCCCCGACACGCCCGACACAGACGAAGACGACUUGAUGGGGGAGUGUCCACCGGAAGUGGUCAACGCCUGGCCGUACAGAUCGCCCUCCGUCUCCCCCCGCCACUCCCCGCGUCACACGCCACGCCACGCGCCGGAUGUGCUGAGGUUCGCGGACAAGGACUACAUGAUGCCGGCACACGUCAGGAAGAUCCUGCGAGAGGAAGGAAUCAGAGACGCCACAGCCGAGUCCUGGCUCAAAGAACGGGAAGUCUGGCACUGGAAGUCUGCCUCGCUACGUCAUCAGGAGAAAAGUAAACAUAUAAAAGCCAGUGGUGUGAGAGAACUGCCAAUGAUUAACCACCAAGUCAGCCUGGUGAGUGGGCAGCAACAUUACAGUACCCAGCAUGGCACAGUACCAAGUCGUGCGUCAACACAAGAGCAUCGUGGUGCCAUCAUUGUUGCAUCGGCAGAUGGCGUUGGCUAUUCACAAUCCGAGGUAUCCUUAACAAAUUUCGACACAUCGCCUAUGACGUCAUCAGCCGCAUUGUCUGCUACUCUGACGUCAUCACCUACUUUGCCUAGUGCACAGACACAACCAACCUCAGUGCCAGCCAUUACAACGUCAUCAGCCUAUCUGCCAGCCACCAUGACGUCAUCAGCCUACCUGCCAGCUACCAUGACGUCAUCCGCCUACCUGCCUGCUACUAUGACGUCAUCGGACUACCUGGUUACGACAAAGACGUCAUCCGUCUCACUGCCUGAUAUUGUUGGCAGCGAGCCGAUGGAGUCUGAUGCUGUGGAUAUGGAGCCAGACUCACCCGACCCACAGGGCGACCUGCCCAGACUUGUUCUGAUCUCCUCCAAAGUUCCACGAUGCCAGUCUAUGGCCAGGGCAGUCAUCAAAGAUGGUCACGUGACAUGCCUGGUUUACGACUUUGAUCGCUGGUGUUUCCAGGAUAUUUUAGAUGAAUGUCAGCAUAGAUUAGAGAAUGACUUCAAUGGUUGCAAGGCUCAAUCAGUACUUCUUAUAUGUAAGGGAGGACCGGGCUACUUGUAUAUGUUGAGGAACUUUGUUUUGACGCCACAGAAGAUAGGCCAGCCUCAGUAUCAGUGUGUUCGUCAGUAA